AUGUCGGAGUCAGCGCCAUCCUUGGAGUCAGUGCACUCACAUUUGAAUGAUAAUGUUCGGAAGAGAGUGCCCAAGGCAUGUGACCAAUGUCGACUGAGGAAAACCAAGUGUGAUGGUGCUCACCCUUGUUCAAGAUGUCAAGUAUACAAUGCGAUAUGCAUUUUUGGUGACCGGAAGAAAGCCCAAGAAAAGAUUUAUCCGAAAGGUUACGUCGAACUACUCGAACAGCAACAAAAGUACCUUAUCCUUGGGCUCCGAGAAUUCUAUCGACGGACUAUCAAUGGCGAAGAGUGGCCUGGUGGCCGACUGAAGACUAUGGCUAACGGUCUUCCACUGACUCACGAUUUGCUCGCUCGCCUUGGUAUUCUCAACGGAAUAGAGGGCGACCGUUUGAAAGAAAUUUCUCGUGAAUACCAACAAGAGCCCUUCUUUUCCGAUAACGGAGAUGAAGGAUACCCCGGUAGUAUGCCCAGUAAUCAGUCACCCAUCGAUGAAUCUCAAUUGUCGCCCGAUGCGUUCAACGAUCGCAAUAGACCAUCCCUUGAUGCCUCCAGAAACCUCCAAUCUACAAUUUCCUUUUGGAACAAUGAUGUAAAUAACGAUGAGAAACCCGAGGACGCACCAAUCUGGGAGGGGAAUGAUUCUCAUACCUUGUUCAACGAGAUGGAUCCAACUUACCUAGUAGGGUAUGCAGACGCUUUGCUGGAAGACUAG